AAGACGAAAGCGCCGAGUUAGAGAGAGAUCUAGAAGAAGAUGGGAUGAUAUACGGCGGAGAAAGAGAAGCCGAAGCUGAUCGGAGGAAAUUGCGAGGAUAUUUUGAGCUCUUAAAUUUCUUUGUGGUUAUUGAACAACCAGAUUGGCUUUGGCCAGUGAAUUUUCUUCCCGGCUUUGGCCUUAGUUGACCAGCAAUUGUGAAGGAGCAGACCGACGGAGCGGCACUGAUCUGUCUAGAGGACCUCUGUAUUUAUACAUCCUCUGGUUGCUGAGUGAUUCAAUUCCUAUUUUUCCGGCUUGUGUUGCGGUCAGAUCAUAGGAACCAUGGCUGGCGUAUCGAAACGGAAGUAUUCGUGGUGGUGGGAUAGCCACAUAAGCCCCAAGAAUUCUAAAUGGCUUCAGGAGAAUCUCACAGAUAUGGAUAGCAAUGUCAAACAAAUGAUCAAGCUUAUCGAAGAAGAUGCGGAUUCCUUUGCCAGGCGGGCGGAAAUGUACUAUAGGCAACGGCCUGAACUUAUGAAGUUGGUUGAAGAGUUUUAUCGAGCAUAUCGUGCAUUAGCUGAAAGAUAUGAUCAUGCCACUGGUGUAAUCCGUCAUGCUCAUAAGACUAUGGCAGAAGUGUUCCCAAAUCAAAUUCCUUUGAUGUUCGGUGAUGAAUCACCUGCCGGUGCUGCCAUCAAUGAGGCUGAUCCACGAACACCAGAGAUGCCACCUCCUAUCCGGGCUCCGGUUGAUCCGGACGAGUUACAAAAAGAUGCUUUAGGGGUCUCUUCAUCUCAUGUGCCCUCUGUUAAAAGGAAUGCAGCCUUCACAGAAGAACCUCAGUCUGUGAGUAACAGAAAAGGUUUGAAACAACUUAACGACUUGUUUGGGCCAGAAACAGGAAGGGCAAGGAAAGGAUUGAAUUUCAACUAUGCAGAUGAGAAAGGAAGAAAUGGUCUCAGCAGGGACGAAAGCCAUGAUCUCAAGACACGACUUCUUUCAGAAUCUGAACGAGCUAGCAAAGCUGAGGCUGAAAUUGCUGCCUUAAAAGAUGCUCUUUCCAAAGUGCAGGCUGAAAAGGAAGCUACCUUAACUCAGUAUAAUCUGAACUCGGAUAGACUUUCUAAUAUGGAAUCAGAAAUAUCUCGUGCGCAAGAGGACUCCAGGGGGCUGAAUGAACGAGCCACAAAAGCUGAGGCUGAGGUCCAAACUCUCCAAGAUACCCUUAGCAAAUUGGAAUCUGAAAAAGAGUCCAGCCUUCUUCAGUAUCAGCAAUCCCUGCAGAGGAUAGCUGAUUUGGAGGCUAGCAUCUCUCAAAGCCAGAAGGAUGCUGGAGAAAUAAACGAUAAAGCCAGGAAAGCUGAAGCCGAAACUCAAACCUUGAAGCAAAGCCUUGCCAGAGCUGAAACCGACAAGGAAGCUGCUCUUGUUCAAUACCGUCAAUGUUUGGAAACCAUAUCUAAUCUGGAAGAGAGGAUGCGGAAGGCUGAGGAAGACGCAAGGAUUCUCAAUGAACGGGCAGAGAAGGCUGAAGCUGAAGUCGAGAACUUGAAGCAAACAACUUCCAAAUUAAUUGAAGACAACAAAGCUUCUGAACUUCAGUACCAACAGUGUCUGGAGACGAUUGCCGAUCUAAAGCUCAAACUAUUCAAUGCCCAGGAAGAAACCCAAAGGCUUAGCCGUGAGAUAGAAGACGGCGUUGUGAAGUUAAGAGUUGCUGAAGAAAAAUGUGUUGUGUGGGAGAGAUCAAAUCAGACUCUUCACUCCGAGCUGGACACUCUUUUGGAGAAACUGGGGAACCAAAGUCAGGAACUCACAGAGAAACAGAAAGAGCUGGGAAGAUUGUGGACCUGUGUGCAAGAAGAGCGCUUGCGUUUCUUGGAGGCUGAGACCGCUUUUCAAACCUUGCAGCAAUUGCAUUCGCAGUCUCAAGAAGAGCUAACAGGUUUGGGUUUGGAACUCCAAACUAGGUCCCGGAUUUUGAAAGACAUGGAAACCCGAAACAUUGGUUUACAGGAGGAAGUUCAGAAGGCCAGAGAUGAGAACAAGGGACUUAACGAGCUCAAUCUGUCUUCAGCUGCAUCGAUUAAAAGUUUGCAAGAAGAGGUCUCAAGCUUAAGGGAGACAAUACAGAAACUCGAAGCUGAAGUUGAACUUAGAGUGGACCAGAGAAAUGCUCUGCAGCAAGAAAUAUAUUGUCUUAAAGAGGAGUUAAGCCAGAUAGGGAAGAAACAUCAGAAUAUGCUGGAGCAGUUAGGGUUGGUAGGUUUAAAACCAGACUGCUUUGGGUCAUCUGUAAAGGGCUUGAUGGAUGAAAACUCGAAACUCAAAGAACUCAACGAAAGAGAAAGCAACGAAAAAAUGGCUCUUCUAGAAAAGUUGGAAAUGAUGGAAAAGCUUGUUCAGAAAAACUUUUUGCUGGAGAAUUCUAUAGCAGACUUGAAUACCGAGCUGCAAGCAAUCAGAGAAAAGCUGCAGAUAUUGGAAGAAGCUUGUCAAUCACUCUCAGAAGAGAAAUCAGGUCUUAUGGCUGAGAAUGACACACUGAUGUCUCGGCUACAGACUGCUACAGAGAACAGUGAGAAGCUCUACGAGAAAGGCAAGUUGCUGGAGAAUUCUCUUUAUGACGCCAAUACAGAACUUGAAGAUCUGAAGUUAAAACUGAAGACCCUAGAAGAUUCAUGCCAUUUACUCAAUAACGACAAGUCCAGUUUGAUUUCUGAAAGAGAGAGCUUAAUUUCUCAGAUGGUUGUAAUGAGAAAAUCCCUGGAAGAUACGGAGAAAGGACAGGCAGAGCUGAAACUGAAAGUCUCGGAAUUAGGAAAAGAGAGAGAAUCCUCACUUCAGAAAAUUGAAGAGCUGGGAAUGUCCUUGGUUGCCAAGGAUCGGGAGUAUGUUAGUUUUGUGCAAUUGAGUGAGGCUCGGUUGGGCGACAUGGAAACAAAGAUCCAUCUCCUUCGAGAUGAAAAUGAAUGCAGGGAGAGAGAAUAUCAAAUGGAACUCGACCGGGGUGUUGAUGCUCAGAUUGAGAUUUUUGUUCUGCAGAAGUGCUUGCAAGACAUGGUUGAGAAGAACUCAUGUCUGAUUGUUGAGAAAGAGAACAUCAAAGAGGCAUCUAAACUGUCAAAGAAGCUAGUCUCUGAACUGGAACAGGAGAAUACCGGGAAACAAAUGCAGAUUGACUCCUUGAUUGGCCGGAUUAAAAUGUUGAGAAUGGGGCUUUAUCAGGUACUGAAGAGACUUGAAAUUACUCCAGAUAUUGAGUCUGAGGAUGGGAAUAUACAAGACCAAAAAAUCGUGCAUGGUAUACAGAGAAAACUUGAUGAAAUGCAGAAAAUGCUAUUAGAGAUUCAGAAUGAAAACCAACAUGCAGCCAUUGAGAACUUUGUCCUUGUCGCAUUGCUUCAACAACUUAAAUUAGAAGCAGUUGGCAUAGUGAAGGAGAAGAGUAUUCUUGAGGAAGAACUUGAAUUUCAGCGUCUGCAGCUCUCAUCUUCGCAGGAUGAGACGCAGAGACUUGUAUGCAUCAGCGAAGAGUUGACCUCAAAAGUAAACCAGGGAGUUAACAGAGAGGAAGCCUUGAACAUGGAAAUAGUGGAUUUGCAUAGCCAAGUUUCAGCCUUGCGUGAUGCAUACACUGCUUUGCAGGACGAGAAUUAUAAGAGUUUGGAAGAGAAAAGAUUCUUGACAAAGUCAACUGCGCAGUUGGAGGAGGAGAAAUGCAAACUAGAAGAGGAUAUCGCCUUGCUUCUUUCUGAAAAUAUUUACCAAAGCAGUCUCAUUCGUCUCCUGGAGGAUGCCGUCUUGGCAAAACUUACAGAAGCUAAGGAACUAAGUGAGGAUCUGGGCAGAAUCAAUUUUGUUAAGGAUAAGCUUGAGGAAAAGGUAAGGGAGAUCGGCGUUAUGUUAAAAGAUGCAGAAACCGAUAAUUCAGAGCUUAAAGGUUUGCUAGAAAAAUCGGAGGGUGAGUUGCUUUCUGUCAAAUCAGCCAAUGAUAAAAAAGAGAAGGAGCUUCUAGAAGCAAUGCUUUUGAUCUCUGUCAUGCAAAACGAAAAGGGGGAACUAUCUAAGAUGGUGGAGCAUUUAGAAUGUAAAUACAAGGAAACUCAAGCAAUACAAGAAGACCAAGAGAAGCAGGUCAUGUCACUUCGUGGAGACAACGACGAGCAGAUUAAGGAGACCGGACGUGUUAAAGAAGUGAAUCUGAAAUUGGAAGCCAGAUUGCUGAAUUUUGGUUUCGUCAUUUAACAGCUCUCUCUCUCCCUCUCAAAGACUUCCACCAGAAACCUUGAUCAAACGAAACUUCUUAAAGAACGAUGUGAGGCUGUAUUGUGGGAAUCUCAGGCUGAGGCAUGGUUUGGAGAAAUGCAGAUAUCUGUUGUGCAUGAAGCAUUGCUCAAAGGGACAACCCGGGAGCUGGCUGAAGCUUGUGAGAACCUUGCAAGUAAAAGUGCAUCGAAAGACAUUGAGAUUGAACAGUUAAAAGAAAGAGUAAUAAGCUUAGAGGAUGCAAACAGAGAACAGCAAGGCCAUAUGGCCAAGUAUGCCCAAGCUGCAGUCUUGCUGGAUGGAUGCAUAAAAUCUCUUGAGAAGCGUAUUGCCACACAUCGUGAAUCCGAGGAUGAACUAAUCAAGGACGUCGGUUCAGUGGCUGACAAGGAUGGCAAAGGUUAUCAUCCUACAGGAGAAGACGGGUUCUCGGAGUUGCAUGAUAUGCGUUUGAGAAUCAAAGCCAUCGAGGAGGCGGUGAUAGAAAAGGAAAAGGUUGUGAUGCUCGAAAACUCAAAUGCAUAUUCAAAGCUGGAGGCCGCGAUGAAGCAAAUAGAAGAACUAAAAUCUGGUUCCCAAAGGAGCAGGAGGAAACAAGAGGGAGAAGGUCGAUCACAGAAGCAGAUCCAUGAAACCUCUCCAGAGGAAAGUGAGGUGAUAACGAAAGAUAUAAUGCUUGAUCAGGUGUCUGAUUGCUCAUCUUAUGGGAUAAGCAGGCGAGGCACUCUCAAGGCCGAUGAUGAGAAGCUCGAGUUGCGGGAAAUAAAUGGACAUGACAGCAGUUUUGACCUAGAGCUACAAAAGCACGAGAAAGGCAAAUCCUUGUCUGUGGAGUCGUUGAUCGUGGACAAACUGGAGAUCUCCGAUAGAUUCUCGGAUCCAAACCAAGAAGUACACAAGAGGAAAGUUCUAGAAAGACUCGACUCCGAUUUACAGAAGCUAGCGAACCUUCAGAUCACUGUUCAGGAUUUGAGGAGUAAAGUGGAUACCGACGACAAGGACAACAACAACAAGGGGAAAGGAGACGAGUACGAAACUAUCAAAGGACAACUCGAAGAAGCAGAUGAAGCCAUAGGGAAACUCUUCAAUGUGAACCGAAAGCUGAUGACCAAAGUGGAGACAAGAUUCCCGCGAUCAGAAGGCAACAACAAAUCCACUGAUCUGGAUGAAACAGAGAGUAAUAGAACGAGGAGGAGAAUAUCGGAACAAGCAAGAAGAGGGUCGGAGAAAAUCGGGAGGUUGCAACUGGAGAUACAGAGAAUACGGUUUCUGCUUCUGAAACUCGAAGGGGAGAGAGAAAACAGAGCGAGGUCGAAGGUUUCGGAUAGCAAGACGAGGGUUCUGCUAAGAGAUUACAUCUACGGAGGAAUGAGGAAAAAGAAGAAGAGGACUUCAUUUUGUGCCUGCCUUCAGCCGCCUCAGUCCCCAUGACCAUUUUCAACUGUUUCUUGCAAUAUUUAGUAUCUUCUUCAUAUUUAGUAUAUGAUUGAGAGAGAAUAGUAUCUGCUUCAGACCUUUUUUUUUUCUGUUGGAAGAGUCUGUAUAUGUUUGGGUUAUUGAGUUCGAAACCGAAACUUAAAUGCUUGUCUGAAAAUUUGCCCGAAAUUACUAGCAAUAUGUAUAUCACCAGGAGGAGGUUAACAAUUACUGGUUUAUGACAAGAAAAUUACAAUUUGUUGUA